GAGAUUAAAGCUGCUUCCCGGAGCUCGGCCCAGCCCAUGUCACCCUCUGACUUCCUGGACAAGCUCAUGGGACGGACGUCAGGGUACGAUGCCCGGAUCCGACCCAACUUCAAAGGUCCGCCUGUCAACGUGACGUGCAACAUCUUCAUCAACAGCUUCGGCUCUGUCACCGAGACCACCAUGGACUACCGGCUCAACGUCUUCCUGCGGCAGCAGUGGAACGACCCCCGCCUGGCCUACCGGGAGUACCCCGACGACUCCCUGGACCUCGACCCCUCCAUGCUCGACUCCAUCUGGAAGCCAGACCUGUUCUUUGCCAACGAGAAAGGGGCCAAUUUCCACGAGGUCACCACUGACAACAAGCUGCUGCGCAUCUUCAAGAACGGCAACGUGCUCUACAGCAUUAGGCUAACGCUGAUCCUGUCCUGCCCCAUGGACCUCAAGAACUUCCCCAUGGACAUCCAGACAUGUACCAUGCAGCUGGAGAGCUUUGGCUACACCAUGAACGACCUCAUCUUUGAGUGGCUGGAGGAGCAGGAGGCUGUGCAGGUGGCAGAGGGCUUGACCCUCCCACAGUUCAUCCUCAGGGAUGAGAAGGACCUGGGCUACUGCACCAAGCACUACAACACAGGCAAGUUCACCUGCAUCGAGGUGAAGUUCCACCUGGAGAGGCAGAUGGGUUACUACCUGAUCCAGAUGUACAUCCCCAGCCUGCUCAUCGUCAUCCUCUCCUGGGUCUCCUUCUGGAUCAGCAUGGAUGCGGCACCAGCUCGAGUGGGCUUGGGCAUCACCACCGUGCUCACCAUGACCACACAGAGUGCUGGAUCCCGUGCCUCCCUGCCCAAGGUCUCCUACGUGAAGGCCAUUGACAUCUGGAUGGCCGUGUGCCUGCUCUUCGUCUUCGCCGCCCUGUUGGAGUACGCGGCCGUCAACUUCGUGUCGCGGCAGCACAAGGAGCUCACGCGCCUGCGCCGGCACAGGCGGCGCCAGAGGAUGGAGGAAGAGCUCGUCCGCGAGAGCCGCUUCUACUUGCGAGGCUACGGGCUGGGCCAGUGCCUGCAGCCGAAGGACGGGGCUGGGGAGGGUCCCGGCUGGUCCAGCCCCUCCCCGGGCCGGCUGCUGCUGCGGGAUGGGGACGCUCUCCGCAGGCGUUACACCGACCGCGCCAGGCGCAUCGACACCAUCUCCAGAGCCGUCUUCCCUUUCACUUUCCUGCUCUUCAACAUCUUCUACUGGAUCGUCUACAAAGUGCUGCGCUCGGAGGACAUCCACACGGUGCCCUGA